AUGUCCCUGUGGUGCGCCCCGUUGCUACCAGCAGCAGCACGUGCUCAAGCCACUCCCUCUGCCCCCCUCUUCAUCUCCGCCCACACCCCCACGGGGCAGGCGAUGGCGCUAGCAGCAGCGGAGGCGGGGCACACAAGGCUGCACGGCAACAAGCCCACCACGGCAGAAGCGGUGCUUGCUAGGGCUAGCGAAGGAGGAGGAGCUGAGGAAGCGCUUGCGCGACCUGGCCUGGCCGCACGACACCCCUUUUGGUACCCAGCGCAACGUGAGUACAACGCCAUGUGUGGGCGGGACGUGCGACUGCACAAGGACCCUCUGGCCAUCCGCAUGGACAAGAAGUACCCACCUUGUCACCACACCUCCCCACCCUCCAUGCGUGCAGCAUGGGGUGAUGGCGCUGUCUACCUUAUAGUGAACUACGAGCAGCCAACACCCCCCUGUGGUGGACUACCCAACACCCACCUCGUCUGCCGAUGCUCUCUGUGCUCCUCUCCCUUCCCCCCUACAGUGUGGGGCAGCGACCCCGUGUACCCCACGGUGAACUACGAGCAGGCGCCCGGCCACGGGGUGGACAACCGCGGCCCCAACUUCAACAAGCCCAGCGAGGACCCCUUCAGCGUCGUGCGCCAGCUAGGCAGGGUGGUGACACAGGAGCAGAUGGAGGCCAUCAUGACACGCGAGCAGGAGGAGGAGGCGGUGAGUCACACCUCUUGCUGCUUCUCUGCUGCCUCUCAGCUUUGA